AUGUCGGUGAACAAGAGGAUACAAGCAUUGAACAGGGCGAGAUCGCUUUCGCCAAGCAGGGGAUCCUCUCUGGACUCUGAUUCCGACGAUGAAGUGGUAGAGCCACCACAGCGAAGCAUUAAGUCCUCUUUUGGUGGUAGAAGAGGCAAAGCAAAAGGCAUUCAUCGUCCAGGACGAUCAGGCCGUUCGGAGUUCCAUAAUCGUCAGAUGCGUGAUACACCAAUCCUGGAAGACGAUGACGAGGAAGGGUCCUACGAAGUGAUUCCAAUGCUUCCUACAUUUCGCCAAAAGGGCGUGCCGAAACACGAGUACGAAUCCGAGCGGCAGCUAGACGAGGGGAGCAGUAGGGGUCAGAACUUCACUGAGGAUGAGACGCGAAGGAGACUGGAAUCGGAGCUAGACUCAGAGGUAGAUCACACCUUCAGUUCUCUGAAUGCUGGAAUGGAUCUUUUCAGGGGUGAGGAAGUGCCGAGAGUGGCCAAUGAUGAGGCGUUUUCAUCGUCUGACUCGGAAGCCUCAGAUGCGGUAGAGGAUAAUUUGGACCAAAGAACCAACAAAGAGAUUUCGGAAACCAGUUCUUCGGGUCACAGGCGGAGCUCGCAUGGUUCUGAUAUCACAGCAAAGAAGAGCCUUCGGGACGUUAUUCGGGACAGACUCAGCAUGAACAGAGUGUCUACCGACGAUUCUACGAGCCACGCUAGAAGGCGAGCAGAGACCCUUCAAACGAUGGACAGCGGCAAAAGUGAAAGGUUCUUGAAUAGACUGAUGAAUUUUGGAAACAUUACUUCGGGAGGACUGACUCCUGGUGCCUCUAAGGCAGAUCAAACCAAAGAGACCGAUGAAGAGGCAAGGAUUUAUGAUGUGGACAUUCCACUUGAUGACAUGAAUCUAGAGCAACUUAAUGAUGAAGCCAAUGGAAUAGUGAGACAGCACGGUUUCAAUUCUAGUGCUACACUUACACCCAGUGGUAUUGCAGAUUCAAGUCCGUCUGCAAAUGGUGCUCAGCAUGGAAAUACAACGAUGGAAGAGGGCUCUAGUCUUCAAAUGGAAGGAAACCACUUCUACGCUCCAAAUCCAGACUAUUAUAUGAGAGGAUACGAUCUCAACUAUGACAAUGCUCCCAACGAUGAUGACUAUGUUCCUCCACCAGAGAAGGUGAGUGCGGGUGUCCUGUCUUCGUUACUCACCUUGUACAAGAAUCCUGGCUUUGGUAAGUCAUUUUCGCGACUAUCAGACUCAGGCGUUUUCACGCCAAGAUCGGGGUCACAGACUCCUACCGAGUCUGUGAAUGCAGGUUAUGAUCACCAAUCAUUGUUGGAUAAACUCAAAAGGAUUAACUCCACCAACUCGCUACCUCGGCCUAGUCUGGAGAGAAGCCAUUCUGAGACCGAUGUCAAUCAAAGGGGUCGCGGUCACAGACGUGGAUUUUCCAGCCACACUUUGGGUGAUAUGUCUUCCACCAUAGGCGAUUACACUCAUUCAUUGUUCCCUGGCAAGAAAUUAACCGAAGCAAAGAUCAACGAGGGGAAAGUAGAGGCUGAGAAACUUAAUAUGCCCCGGUUCGCUACAACUCGCCCGAAGGACAAAGGAAAGACCAUGAAGAGCCGUCUUGUGAAAAAGAGGUUGGAAGCACAGGCCAGAAUCACCGUUCAUAUAGCAGAUGUUCUUCAACGUCAACGGUUCAUCCUCAAGCUAUGUAAAACGUUGAUGCUUUAUGGAGCUCCCACCCAUCGUCUGGAGGAGUAUAUGACUAUGACGGCCAGGGUUCUGGAAAUAGAUGGUCAGUUCAUCUACUUUCCUGGUUGUAUGAUUGUUUCAUUUGGUGAUGCUGCUACCAGAACUUCCGAGAUGCAACUAGUACGGUGUGUGCAAGGUCUAGACUUGGGGAAACUUGAUGAUGCUCACCAGAUCUACAAGGACGUUGUUCACGAUGUUAUAGGAGUUGAAGAAGCUGCUGAGAAAAUUGAGGCUCUUUUGAGAAAGCCCCCACUGUACAACGCCUACAUAUGCGUGUUCAUCUACGGGUUCUCCAGUGCCAUGGUGACUACAUGGGGCUUCAAGGGUGGUUGGAUAGACAUGCCCGUUUCCUUUGGAAUUGGUUGUUUGGUUGGAGUGUUACAAUACAUUGUUGCGCCCAGGUCAAACUUGUACUCUUCAGUGUUUGAAGUAAGUGCCAGUAUCGUUGUUUCGUUCCUGGGGAGGGCCCUAGGGUCGGUGGACGACAAAGAGACGAUAUGCUUCUCUGCAGUAGUUCAGGGUUCUCUCGCUUUGAUUUUGCCGGGUUAUAUUAUUUUGUGUGGCUCUCUAGAGUUACAAUCGCGGAAUUUGGUUGCCGGUGCAGUCAGAAUGUUCUAUGCCAUCAUCUAUUCGCUUUUCCUAGGAUUUGGAAUCACGUUGGGAGCUGCUCUCUAUGGCUGGAUAGAUCACGGAGCUACUUCCGAGACUGUUUGCAGUACGGCCCAUCAAAUUUCGCCAUGGUACCGGUUUUUGCUGGUUCCUAUGUUUGCUAUUGGAUUGGCAUUGGUAAACCAGGCUAGAUGGCAGCAACUUCCACCAAUGGUGAUCAUAGCAGGAGGUGCCUAUGUGGUGUCAUAUUUCUCGGGGCUCCACUUCUCGAAUGCUACCGAGUUCACGUCAGCAAUUGGAGCUUUCAUGUGUGGUCUUCUGGCCAACCUGUAUUCCCGAAUCCGAAAAGGAGUGGCAGUCACUGCGAUGCUUCCUGCGAUUUUCGUGAUAGUUCCCAGUGGAAUUGCUUCACAAGGUUCCUUAUUGUCUGGUAUUAAUACUGCAAAUGAAAUUGUGAACUCUACAACUGGAAGUACCACUACUUCGACGAGCUCUUCCAGCACUUUGUCAUUUGGUGUCGUCAUGAUCCAGGUAUCCAUUGGCAUCAGUGUGGGGCUUUUUGCAGCCACCAUUGCAAUUUACCCGCUUGGAAAAAAGCGUACUGGUUUGUUUACGUUGUGA